UUCAACCUGUAAUUACUUGAAAUCUGAUUGCUUCUUCAUUUUCCACAGGCUGAUUCUCCUCGCAAAAAAAUUAUGCGGUCGCCUUCCCCUUUGAGAGAACAGUCUAGGUCUAGAUCCAGAUCAAGGUCUAGGUCUAGGUCAAGAUCCUGGUCUAGGCCAAGGCAGAGAUCACGGUCCCGAAGUCGUGGAAGAUCAAGGUCCAGAAGCCGUGGCAGGGUUGAUAUUACUAAUCCUGGAAACACACUUUACGUGACUGGCCUAUCUACAAGAGUCACAGAAAGGGAACUCGAAAAGCAUUUCUCGAAGGAGGGAAAGGUUGCUUCAUGUUUUCUUGUUGUGGAACCCCGUACGCGCAUCUCUCGAGGUUUUGCUUUUGUCACAAUGGACUCUGUUGAGGAUGCCACCCGUUGCAUUAAGUAUCUCAACCAGUCAGUUCUCGAGGGGCGAUAUAUCACUGUAGAGAGGUCUCGGAGGAAACGUCCUAGAACUCCAACACCUGGACACUAUCUUGGGCUGAAAAGUAGUAGGGACUAUGGUCAUGGUUCUCGUGGUGAUCGUGGUAGUAGGUAUCGUUCUAGCCGUGAUGAUUAUGGGUAUCGUAGGUCUCCUAGGCGCUCACCAUAUCGAGGAGGUCGUGAUUAUUCUCCUGUGCACUCUCCUCACGGUGGAAGAUCCAGGAGGGACAGAUCCAGGUCGCUGCCUCAUUCCCCUUACGGUAGCCCAGUAAGGAGGUACUCACGUGGUUCUAGGUGAUGCUAUUUGUUAAUUUUUCAUGUGCUCUUUCAAGGGAUUGAUGAAACAUUUGAAAUUGAAUGUAUUGAUGUAUUGAGUCUCGGUUGCGACUAGAACUAAGGAGACGCAAAUGGAUGUUUGGGAUGGUUUUGUUCUCUAGGGCAGUGACGUUUCUUAAUCCUGUAGCUUUUUGUGCUGCUCGUGCUGGGGAGCUUUGCUAAACAAGUUGAAUUCAUACUUCAUGAGCCAGAUACGAUUGUUAUGAAUGUAGAUCAUAAUGUUUGUGGCGUUUACUUAUUAUGAAUGUAGCUCAUAGAACUUCUGGUGUUUGCUUAUUA